UUAAUUGAUCUUUAAUCAUUUAGUCAUGAUAUACUGAUUUUUUUUAAUAGUAGAAAUUUAAUGUAUACGUUUUGUUUACGUUUGUGUUAUUAAGCUAUUACAUUUUUAAAGGGUUUAAAAUAACGAUAGUACUAUGAACAUUUCCAAGUGUCCAUUUUGAAAAAAGCAACAUUUUAUUGGAUAAAAUUGAUUGUUGGUUCUAUAAUGUAAAGAUUUUCAAAAGUGAAAAUGGAAGACAUCGAUGUAAAUAUAUCAAAGAUUCUUUCAGCAUUUAACAUGGAAUCAGAUGCUGAAAUUGCUUCAAAGUUGCUUAACUUUGAACAUUCAACAUCUGAUGAUAAUAUAAUGGAAAUAUUGAGUAGUGUUAAUGGAAUUGGAUAUGAAAUUGAUGAAAAUGUAUACUCGUUGCCAAGUAUGUCAAUGGAUAAGCUAGUCGAACGAAAAAUAAAUAUAAUUAGAAGUCAUCAUGAGUUAGCGCAGAGAUACUAUGACAGUUUAACAUUUUCAAAAAUGUUACAAAAAAAACUAUCAUUGUUGAAUCAUUUAUAUGAUUUACUUAUUGUGAAAUAUUAUUCGUCAAAAGAAAACAAAAAUGUGCAAAUAGUAAUUGCACCACAAAAUUCAAUUGAUGAGACGGUUAAGCCUAUUACCAAGUUAACUGGUUCACAAGUUCUUCUACAGAUAGCAGUAAAAACAGGUCUUACUAUGUUCUUUACUUUAUUGAAGCAAAGUUGGGAAAACAAAAGCACUCAUGAUAUCAAUAUGGGUUUAGAAGUCCUUAGUACAGCAUUAAGUGUAAUGCGGCAAUUAAGCCCUCUUUCCUUAGGCAGCAAAGCAGAACUGUCACAACUAGGUUUGGAUUGCUUGGAUAAUGUCAUGCAUUUUGUAAAAGAAUGUAUCAAUGCUGAUUACAUAACAAAUAUUCAAGUUAAAGAAAAACUUGCUGAAUUAUCAUUGUUACUAGCUUAUCAACGUGAAUCACUAAUUUAUUUGUUGGAAUGGAUUGAUAUGGCACUGAAUAUUACUGAUGUAUGUUUGCCAUUUGAAAAACUUUAUCAUGUAUUGGAAGAAAUGUCAUCAAUAUUAACGUUUGCUUUUGGAUCGGAAGAAAUUGAAAGUUAUAGAUCUAAAAAUAAUAUACCCUUAAAAGAUGUUGCUUUAUUAUUGAUGAAAAAACUUGUAACUUUUGGUGAAACUUCAGUAGUUCGCACUCCCUUAAAUCAAAAUUGUGCUGAACUAUCUCAACCAGUAAGUGAAGUAUUCAUGUGGGGAAGCAACUCAUCAAAUCAACAUGCUGAAGGUGCAACAGAAGUUACAGAUGUACCACGUCUUGUUAGAUCACUGUCUGAUGUACAACAAGUGGAAGCUGGACAGUAUUGUACAUUUAUCAUUGAUACAAAAGGUUGUGUAAGCGCUUGCGGGAAAAACAGUUAUGGCCGUUUGGGCUUAGGCAACUCGUCAAAUCAACCAGUUCCCAAAAGGAUUAAUAUUAAUUGUAAAAUAAAACAAGUAUCUUCUUCAAAAGGAUGUGACGGACAUUCUUUAGCAUUGAGUGGCACUGGUGAAGUUUAUAGCUGGGGAGAUGGUGACUAUGGAAAACUAGGGCAUGGAGAUGUUGUAACUCACAAAGAACCUAAGUUAAUUGAAGGGCCUUUUGUUGGUAAAGUUAUAGAACUUGUUAGUGCAGGUUAUAGACACAGUGCUGCAGUGACAAGUGAUGGACAAUUAUACACUUGGGGUGAAGGCGAUCAUGGACGUUUGGGUCAUGGUGAUUGCAACCCGAGACUUGUACCAACUCUUGUUAAAAGUUUAAGUGAUUUUCCUGUUGGUUAUGUUGCUUGUGGAUCUACUCAUACAUUGGCAUGUUCGAGAGAUGGCAAUACUGUUUGGUCAUUUGGUUCAGGUGAUAAUGGCAAACUAGGACAUGGAAAUACAUUAAGACUUUAUAAACCACAAAAAAUUGAAGGAUUACGACAUUAUAAAAUAAAAAAAGUUGCUGCUGGCAUACAUUUUUCUGUUGCACUUACAUGCACUGGUGAAGUAUUUACUUGGGGUCAAGGAUCAAAUCUUGGAUGUGGUUCGGCUGAUAUAACACUAUUUUCACCUGCAGUUGUUGAAGAUCUCAUGCAAACAAUGAUAAUUGAUAUAUCAGUUGGCGAUUCUCACUGCUUGGCGCUAACAAGAAAUUGUGAAGUGUAUGCAUGGGGUUCUAAUGGCAAAGGACAAUGUGGACAAGGCCAUUCCACAAGUCCUGUGAGUCGACCAAGUAAAGUCAUUAAUUUAGAAGGCAAACAAAUUAAUCAAAUUUCAGCUGGCACAUCACACAGCGUUGCUUGGACUACAUUGCCACCAGACAGACAAACAAAUGUUUGGCAUAGUCCUUUUUGUAUUGAUCUGCACGAAAGUACAUUCAAGUGGUUGAGACAAUUUAUUGAAAAAUAUUGUGAGCAAAUUGAGAACCAACAGUCAUCACAAAAUGAACUUAAUGAAGAAAUGCUAAUUUUAAGUUUAAAUAUGCUCAAUAAUCAUUUAUACUUUGCUCGUGUGUCCGGUCAUAAGUUUUCCAAACUUUUGGGUAAUGAAACAAGCCAACUACGUACCCUUCUUCUAAAGCUUGUGGAUUUGCAAGUAAAGGAAAUUGUAGAAAAAAGUUUAAUGGAUUGUUUGUCAACUGGUGCAUCUCUUCUUUUACCUCCACUCUCAGGCCGGCUUAACAUACUUAAGUCCCUUCUUGCACAAGACACAAAAUUAUCAAGAGGACAAAAAUUGCUCUUAGAUGUUACUGUAUCAAGUUUAAAUGAUAAUAGUCAUGUCAGUUCAUUAUUUCGUGUUAAAUCAACCGAUUUAUAUGGAAUUCAUUAUUCGUCCAUUGAAGAAGUAAUGAAGUUACUGUUGAAACAUUUGACUGAUAGUACUAUUAACUUAUUACGUUCAGAUAAUUAUACUGCAUUCAAAAAAGGCAAUAAAUUGGAUACUAUACUUUUUUCUUUGCACAAAUUGCUGUUGUCACACUUAUUAGUGUAUAAUUUAAAACCUUGUCAUCAUAGUGAUUUUUGUCUGAAUUUAAAUAGUUUGUUAGUAAGUCAUUUGGAAUUAUAUUUGGUGUUUGCUGAAAAACUAUUUACAAUGGCUGCCACUUUAUAUAAAGAUGGAAGCUAUCCAUUCUAUGAUGCUGUUUUAGCACCUUCUAUAGUUGGAGAGACAAUGAUCAACACAAUUAAUUCUCUAAUUUUUAUCCAAAGUUGUCAUAUUCAACCAAUUGUUGCUGCAUUAAUUAAUACUGUUCAAUCGUUACAUACAUUAAAUACAAAAAUGUGUCUUGAAGUUACAGGAAAGACAAGCUACUAUUCGGUUUGGUUUAUUGAGUUAGAAUCAUCAUUUUGUUUACUUAUUGGUCGUUUGAUAAGUCACUCGAUAAUUAGUUCUCCUUUAUGCCCUUCUGAAAUAAGCAAUGAACAGUGGUUAAAAGAUAUAUUGUUUUCUUCUGGCAUUGAAAAAUUAGAUGACAAUAGUAUAUUUGAUGAUGUAGAAGAACAUUUACAAAAAAUCAUAAUAAAUGGGUCAUCAUCAAUAGAUUGUGAACUUCGCUUUAUACCACAGCCAUACGUAGAAUUGUUAAAAUACAUUUUAAAUGAAUGUGAACAAAAUGAAGAUGACUCAAUAAUAUCUGUAUGUAAAAAUUUUAAGGAUAAAUACGAUUGUUUCUUAAAUGACCAAAAAUAUGGUAUGAUAAUACGCUUAACAUUGCCGUUAUUUUAUAUUGCUCUGAUUAAAAUUGAUGGAAGGCAACUUAAAGAUUUUAUACUAAAUAAAAAACUUGUGUCAUUUGUGAAUGAAAUGUGUGCGAAAAUGUAUUUUUCUCUUGUAAAUAGUUCCGAAAAAACGGCAGUGUUCUCUGAACGUAAUAAAUUUCCAAUUUCAGUAUUGGAUGAACAACAGUGUUUAAAUAUUUCAAGUAAAUGUUGUUUUUUAUUGACUGCAGUCCGUGGAAUGCACAGUGAUCCUUCAAUACCUAAUAAACAUCUUUUAAAAGACGAUAUAUCUCCUGCCAAUAAAUCACUUUUGGAAUCCGUGUUGAAUUUUGUUUUGAAUUCUAAAUCAGCUACCAAUCCAUAUACCUUAAUACAAGCAUCGGAAGUUGAAGAAAUUAGAGCACAUGAUCGUUUAGCAGCUCUUAAUAGAGUUACAAGAAUGCUAAAAAUUAUUGAUUUUAUUCAAGAUCCAUCAGAUGUCAAUUCAAUAUCACAUAUGUCUAAUGUUUUUGAAGCAUUUACUUGUGGUUUACUUGGUCUGUACCACUCGCAAUAUGUUGAUCAUUAUAAUAUUAGCCAUUAUUAUUCAGCUAUUAAUACAGUACCUAAAUCAAUUAAGAAACACAUUCAAAAUGCUGUACUUAACAUUUAUAAACACUUCGAAAUAUAUUUACAUAUGAGUGUACCAACUACCCAUAUAUUUCGCUUACAAAUAUGUAUACUAUCAUUACUCAAUAUGCAUUUUACAUCAUCAGACUUUGAGUACUUAUUAUCCAAUAACUUACCUCAAAUGUUGGUAAAUACUUGUGAAUACCAUAUUCCGUUCAUUUCAACUGACCAUUAUUCAUUGGUUUUAAUGAAAAUGAGUAGCAAUAUUUUAUAUAUAUUAGCUGCAUCUGGAUGCAAUGUAAAUGUCAGCAUUGAAAGUAUAAAAACAGUUUUUAUAAGCAUACAUAAUUUGUUAGACACUUUAGUUAAUGCAACAAAAUGCACCAUAAUGGAACUUACUUUUCCUGAACUUUCAGGUAGCGGUAUACUAAAUGAAAGGGAUAUUCCACAAGAAUCGUAUCCAGUUCAAAAUUAUAUUUGUGAUUUACUAUCCUUUGUUCUGCAAUGUACUUCAUUUUCACCGUUAGGUAUCAGUUCUCAAGAAUGGUGCGAAACACUUUUAAGUUUAGCCCAGUGCCCUAAAAUUAUGUUAUUAGCUGACAAUUUUAGAUGCAAAUUAUUAAUAUUAAGAUUAUUACGUCAAAUUUUGCCUAACAUGAAUUCAACUAGCAGUGACCGGAAAAAAAUUGUUAAAACAUUACUAGAACAAUUAGCUGCUAAUAUGUGGGUAGUUCCUCAAGAAGUGGAAAACAUGACUGCUCUUAUGAAACAAGAAGACUUGGACAAACAAAUGGGAAAUAUUUGUCUAAAUGAUCCUAAUGAGACAAAUAUUAGUUCUCAACAUAUUGAUAUUGGUGACUUGCCAUUUUCUUUCCACGAGGAAAAAAGUUUCAAUUGUAUAAUAGAAAAUGGUCAUACAGUUAUUCAUGCACAUGGAGGAAGGGCAUAUGCACUCGGCUGUACACCAUUUGAAAAUGGUGUUUACCAAUGGAAGUUUUUCAUAUUAAAAGAACACAAAGGCAAUGAAGGAUCGUGCAUUGGUAUAUCAAAAUACCCAAUUAAAGAUCAAAAUUAUAGAACUACCUCUGAUAUGUGGCUGUAUAGAGCUUAUAAUGGUAGUUUAUAUCACGGAGGCCAAAAACCUCUUGUAUUAAAGACAUUCACUCAAGGUGAUUACAUCACAGCAAUUUUAGACUUGGAGUCUAAAACACUCAGUUUUGCAAAAAAUAAUGAUUAUCCAGUUGUGGCAUUCCAAAAUAUUGAUACUAAAGCAAAACUUUACCCUUGUGUACUAUGUUAUAGUACAGCAGCUGGACAGAAAAUUAAAAUUAGUGAUUUUAGAGCUGAACGAAAUAAAAAUUCGGAAUUAUUUACUGGAGAACCUUACUUAGCUCCAAUGUUCUCAUGCAUUACAGAAAAUUAUAUUAUAAUUAUUAGAAUUUUACAUAAUCUUGAUCACUGGCUAAAUGAGGUUAAUGAAUGCUUGCUGGAACAGCUGUCAUACCUUAAAGAAGUUUUACCAAAAGUACAAUUUAAAGAUCGAAAAUUAGACAUUUCUGGGUCUUAUCAAAAAGAGCCAAUUUGUGAAAGUGUUGAAGAAAUUAAUGUUAACUUAUUAUGUGAAAAAGUUUGGCCAACAUUAGCUGUUAUUGGUGGAUUUGAUCGAGGCUUACGAGUUGAUGGAAGAUGUUACGAUUUAGAAAUAAAAUCAUUUGGCACAAUUUUAGGAACAUUAAAAAAAGGUUUUACUACAGCCAAAGUGAUGUGGGAAGAUAAAAAAAAUACCAUCGGUGACAUACUGUUUCAUACAUUACUACCCUGUAACAAUGUGAAAUUCAAUCCUACACGCUUGAAGCGCAUACCAUCUUUAGAAUUGUACUCAAUUGGACGAUUAAGUGGAAUUACAAAUGAAAUAGUAUUUGAAAAUGGUACAUUAAACAAAAUGUCUGAAAAUGCUCCAGAAGAAAACAAUUCUAAAUCAUUAGAUAUGUUAUCUAGUCAAAUGGUUAUGAAUAUCAUGGAUCAAAUAUCUGAAAUAAAAAACACUAACCAAUGUUCUAAUAAUGUUAAUGAAACAGUUCCCAUUAUAAACAUAAAAGAUACUUAUAGUAAAUUUUUAAUUCAUGAAACAAGAACGUUUAAAAUGUGUGUUUUACAAACAAGUGCAUUGAAAAGUUUAGAGAUUAUUAUGAAAAGCUCUAUGUUUAUUGAUAUGCUAGUUAAUCCAGUGCAUUCAAAUUUUUCAAUCGAUGCUAAUAAAAACACAUUAAAAGAUUGUAAAAAAAAUGAGGAGAAAUUAAACAAUGACGAUGACACUAAUGAAAUAUUAUUAUUUCUAUUUAGAUGUGCUUUUGAAAAAAGUUUACAUUCUCAAAAUUUAGUAAUCGAAACGGACAUGAUUGAAUGUGAAAGACUAUUAAGUAUUCUUUACAAUAACUAUCUCAAAGAAUGUGCAGAGAAUAAGUAUAGGAUUCCCGAUUUACAAAAUCGUUUAAAAACUCUUAUAAGUUUUCAAGAAACUAAUAGCUUGCAACGUAGAGAAUCUGUAUCAGGAGAAACAUCUAGAAAUACGGAUGAUCCACCAAGAAGAAUUGUAAGAUCUCGUCGUAAUAUGCUGCAUCGAUCUAACACUAUUUAUAUGUGUCCAAGUAAUAGUGUUGCAGGAAGUAGUAACAUUCCAUCAAAUGAAAAUAAUGAAAGAAUUCCACCUAUUGCUACUCCUUUAAUUGAAAUGGGAUUUUCUGCUAGACUAGUUCAAAGGGCCAUAAAUGCUUUAGGUAAUACUUGGGAAACAAUGCCUCGAAAUGUCGCUAUUAACAGUUUAGCUACCUGGAUGAUAGAACAUCCGUGCAUUCAAGAAACAAACUUUGAGGCUCCUGAUAAUAAUAUGGAAAACCAAGUGUUAUCGACUUCAGCUUUAAGAACAUCAAACUUUGUAUCUCGUAAUGAACAUCCAACUGAAGAAAGCACGGAGAGUCCUUUAGAACUAAUUACACAUAGGCGAUUAGUAGCAUCACGAAGACGUCAAAGAGAACACUCUACAGAUCAUACUACUUAUAGAGUACCCACAUUUUAUGUCAAUAGUGAACAACUAACUGAAGAUUCUAUAAAUCGCGUAAUGGCUAGUAUGCAUGCAAUGACAUCAGACGUAGAACAGCCAGAAUCACCACCAGAGACUCCUCCACGUAUACUUUCACCAAGUUUAGAUGUGGCAACAGGAGUAUAUUUUGACCCUUAUAGAUCUCGACUUGAUAGUACGAUUUUGCCUUCUGUAAAUCGAAACUCUGGAUUAGGCACUCUUAGUGAAUCAAGACAACCCACUGAAAUAAUAUAUCCAGAAACCACUAAUACCCCAAUUCAGAGAUCUUCAGUUGAUGUUUCUUGUGUAAAUUGUCAAGAAAAAAUUGAAAAAUUAAAAACUCUUGACUUUUUUAAAUUAAAAAAGUCUUUAUUGACAGAUUCUAAUCAAGUAUCAACAUUAUUGAACCAUUACAACUACACUGAUAAACCAUUCAAUUUAGAAACAGUUUAUGAACAACUGAAUUCUUGUCAAUUUACACCAGAUAGUGUAGAAGAUAAUACUAUGGAUCAACUUGGCAUUGAAAUAGUGCCACCUCUUCCUGCUAAUGAAUGUAGUGCAAAUGAUAUUUUUCAAAACACUCCAAUAUUUCUCUCUGAAUCAUUGUCUUUGGAAGUUGCUUUAAUGACCAAUUCAGAAGAACGCAAUAGAGCUAUUAAUCGAGUUUUUUCUACAAUGUCAAAUCUAGGAUCAAGAAGUAUUGUUCUUAACACAAUGAUAUCCCUUAUAAAUUGGUCAUUUGAGACUGAAGAUGUAGUGGCUUGGAAAUUAGAUGAACUAGGUUUAACAAAUGUUUCUAAAAUUGUUAAUUUCUUGAGACUUCUGCUUAUUUCAAAUGUUUGGACUGAAAGGGAGUACAAAGAAAAUCAAACUCUGCCAAAUGUGUUUAAAAAAAAUUAUCUUGCACUGCUUCCACGCAUCAUAGUUGCACUUGCAGAUCAUUUCCGACCAGCAUAUGAUCUUGCAAUAUCUAUUCCAGUUCAGGAUCUAUUUACUGUUGCAAGUGAAGGAAAUCUGAAUUUACGCCAUAACUUAAAAGUUACUAAAUUAAUAAUUGAUGAACUAGUAAAGAAACUUGAUAUUUUGUCUAAACAGGAUUUUUCAGAAGAAUAUAGUGUUGUUAGUAGUAUUGAAAACGACAGAAAGCCAUCUGGUAAAAUGCUCAUAAAUGCUUUAUCUGCUUGUAUAUUAUCACAUUUAGUUAGCAACGAUAUCAAACAUUGGGCAUGUAAACAAUUAGUGAACAUUUUAGUAAACAAAUCUAUAUCUCACAAGUUAACAAUCUUACCAAAUGAAUCAGAUUUUCCUGGAUCAUUGAAGCGCUGCCCAAUAGUAAAAUUAGAAGGACAUGAAAACCGUAUAAAUCAUGUUAUAUGGCAGCCAAAAAUAAAAUCCCUUGCAUCCUCUGGAUUUGAUGGAACAAUGAGAUUAUGGAGUACUGAUCUAUGCUUAGAAACUACAUUAAUGUUUUUCAAAUCAUCGCAAAUUUAUGGUAAUGACUUGGAUGGAGAACUUAUAUCAAAACUUGCUUGGUCACCAUCAGGGUUAUGUAUAGCUGCUUCAAUGGAAGGAACUCUAAAUAUUUAUACAAUUAAACGACAUGUUUUUAAAGAAGAUGAAACUACUUUAUCAACUCACACUAAAGAUGCUUGGAUAACUGCAUUAGCAUGGUCUGGAGCCGUAACCAAAAACUCAUAUGAUUUUCAAACUCAGUACUUAUUAGUUGGGGGAGUUGAUGGAUCAGUUAAUAUUGCUACUGUUGAGAGUUUAUCUAAAAUAAGCUAUGAAAAAUUAAAUGACUUCUCCUGCCCCGGAGUUCCUGUAUCUCAUAUAGCAUGGCAUGAAGAUUUAACACCAUUUGCCAUAGCGUUUUCAUCUGGUGCUAUCACAAUCGGUCAAAUUCAGCACUCUACUCAACCAGAAGUGUUAACAAUAUGUCAGAGCCCUAUAACAACAUUGCAAUGGUCUAAAGUCUUUGAUAUAUUAUCUGUUAGUAAUGUAGAGGACACAACUAUAAAACUUUGGGUAAAAAGACAAAAUCAUUGGGAAAUAUUUCAUGAACUUAAUCAUACUAAUGAACCAACUUGUGUGGUUUGGUCUCCUGUUGUUGGCAAUAAAGGGUUGUUACUUUGUGUUGGAACUGUAGUGGGUUCUAUCAAUGUUUGGUUAAUUCCAUCACCUUUUUCUAAACAAAAACCAAAAAUUCUAUACUCAUUUCAAGGACAUAUGUUUAAUUCAGUUACUUCAAUGGCUGUUCAUGAUAGUGGCUUAGUACUAGCAUCAGGCUGUAGUAAAGGAACCAGUGGAGUAAUUAAUAUUUGGUCUCUUUUUGAUGGCAGUUUACUUAAUACUCAUACUGGUUCUGGUGGUGUGGAUGAUUUGUGUUGGAUGGAUGAUCAACUUGGCCUUGCUGUGUGUUUUGCACGAUCUAAAGAUGUUACAGUUAUUCAGUUCAGCGCUGACAACCUAAUGCAUAAUCGUUUUGAAUCAAAUGCAAGAAGUACAUUAUACCGACGUGGACUUCAUACUGUUCAGUAUUUCCGAAAAUUUGUCAAUUCAUUGCCUGAACUUUUGCAACUUCAAAUAAACUACGAAAAACAUAAAGUUUUAAUGGGUGAUCGACUUUUAUAUAGUGAUUACUUAAAAGGCUUAAUUGCUAUUGCAUUGGAAAUUUGGCCUGAUCAAACUUUUUGUUUUCCUUUUGUACCACCAAAUUCUAGUCACAGUGUUGAAUUUUAUGAAGAGUGGCAAUGGUUACAAAGGUUAAUAAUAGUUUUGAAUGUAUCUAAAGCAUUACUGACAAGAAAAAGUUUCCCAGAAACAUUCAUUAAUUAUUUUUCUUCUGGCUUGAAUGAAGAGAACCCUGAUUGUUAUUUGUGGUCGGAAGCAACUAAUAAUAGUGCAUGGACAAUUGAAGCAGAUCAACAGAUUAUUCAAUGGUUUAACACUGCUCCUAAUGAUUGGCAACCAUAUACAAAAUGUGAUGCAUAUCUUUGGGGAAAUGGACGCAAUGGACAGUUAGGAGAAUUAGCUAUUGGUCAAUCUUUGUGGACACCAAAACAAAUGAUCAAUUUUAAAAUAGCUCAAAGGAUAAUUUGUGGUCAAAAUUGUACAUUUGUUUUAACUAGUCAGGGCACAGUAUUCUCAUGCGGAGAAGGCAAUUACGGUCGCCUCGGUCAUGGCCAUUCCGAUAGCCUAUCUAAUCUUACUAUGAUAUCAGCUUUACAAGGAUUUGUUGUUACUCAAGUAGCUACAUCAAUUGGUUCUGAUGGACAUAGCUUAGCUUUAACUGAAACUGGGGAAGUAUUUUCUUGGGGAGAUGGGGAUUUUGGUAAAUUGGGACACGGUAAUAAUGAACGCCAAAGGAAGCCAAAGCUAAUUGAAUCACUCUACGAUGUAGUUGUUGUUCAAAUAGCAUGUGGACAUAAACAUAGUGCUGUAUUAUCUCAAGAUGGCGAAGUUUAUGUUUUCGGUAGUGCAGAACAUGGGAAAUUAGGGUUAGGAGGACAGUCCAAUAAAAAACGGCCAACAAAAAUUAUCCAUAAAGGUUUCUUGAAUGUUAAACACGUAGCAUGUGGACAAAACCACACAGUUUGUGUUGGAGAGAAUGUUGUUUGGUCAUUUGGUGAAGGAGAAGGAGGAAAGUUAGGAAUUGGAAGCAAACAAGAUAGUUAUAUUCCACAACCUAUAAUUUCAUUAACGGGUAAAAAUAUUAAAAAAGCAUUUUGUGGAAAUCGCUUUUCAAUGUUCCUUUCUGAAGAUGGUGAACUUUAUUCUUGUGGAAUGGAUAACUUGCAGGAUUCAUUAGAAGUUUUAUAUUCAGAAAAAUUGUACCCAGAAAAGAUAUUUGAGUUUCAAGGACAAAUUGUAACAGAUGUUGCAGCUGGACCUGACCAUGUACUAGUAUUAACUUCUCAUAGCGAUGUAUGGGCUUGGGGCAGUAACUGUGAAGGUAUUCUUGGACUGGGCCAUAAUCUACCUGUUCAUAAGCCUGAAAUCAUUCCUAAUUUAUCUAACAAAAAUAUCAAACAAAUAACUACAAGCCGCACGCAUUGUGCUGCUUGGACAGCAGAACCUUUUGCUAGAGAUUCUACUAAUAUUUUUCACAAUGAUCUACCCACAUCCAUACCUUACCAAUAUGGACAUCUUCAAGACUAUAAAGUUACCUCAAUAUCCGCUAGAAUGAGAUGCUUACAACAGUUUUCAAACUUAUUGUAUACAUGUUGGCAAAUGAUUCCAUUUAAUACUGCUGAUUUUGAUUGGAGUAACAUUAAACGAUGGCAUUGGUUAUCAGACAAAAGGCUUAAAUAUUUAUUUACAAAUAAAAUUGUUAAGCUUCCAUUGAUGAAAGUUAUUAGUAGAACAAUGAACCAAGGACAAAAUUAUGGACCUCAAAUAAUUGUUAAACGCUUAGGUAGUAAUGGCACCACCAUGUCUAUUUUUGAACAAGUGGCAAAACAAAUUGUUAACCUUAAUGCUGAAUCACUGAGACUACCAUCAAGAGCUUGGAAGGUAAAAUUGGUAGGUGAAGGAGCAGAUGAUGCAGGGGGGGUAUUUGAUGAUACCAUUGCUCAAAUGGUUGAAGAACUUCAAACUCAAACUGUUAAACUAUUAAUAUUAACACCAAAUGGACGGAAUGAAACUGGUUAUAAUCAAGAUCGAUUUUUAUUGAACUCUAAAAUGAAUCAAUUUAAGCAUCUCCAGCAGUUUCAGUUUCUUGGAAUAUUAUUUGGCGUUGCUAUCAGAACUAAAAAACCUUUAGCACUACCUUUGUCACCAAUGAUAUGGAAAAUGAUCAUAGGAGAACCGUUAAAUAUUUCUGACCUUGAGGAAAAUGAUACUUACUAUGCCCAAAACUUAACCAGUAUACAAAACAUUCAUCAGACAGGGGUCACUGAAGAAAAUUUUGAGGAAGUGAUACCAUAUCUAAACAUGACUGGUACUGAUUGGACUGACAAUAUUGUUCCAUUAAUUCCAAAUGGCCAAUAUGUACCUGUCACAUAUUCUAACAGAUUGAAGUUCUGUGAGUUGGCACUAAAUCAGAGAUUCCAUGAAAUGGAUGAACAAAUAUUAGCAGUUCGGAGAGGCUUGGCUACUUUAGUUCCAUUGCCAUUACUUACAUUUCAAACAGCAGACAACAUAGAACGUAUGAUUUGUGGAUUACCAAACAUAUCAAUACCUGUAUUAAAAACAAUUGUUAGAUAUAGAGAAAUGGAUGAAAAUUCUCUAGUAGUUCAAUGGCUGUGGGAAAUUUUAGAAGGAUUCUUAGAUUCUGAGAAAGUAUUGUUCUUGCGUUUUGUUUGUGGUCGGUCUCGUCUUCCAUCAAACUUAUCAGAUUUUUCUCAGCAUUUUCAAAUCAUCAAAGUUGAAGAUAAGGUAGAUGGCCUCCCAACUGCUCAAACAUGUUUUUUUCAGUUGAGAUUAACUGACUACAGUAGUCGCACUGUGUUUGAAGAAAAGCUGAAAUAUGCCAUUAACAAUUGUCGCACAAUAGAUAUGGAUAAUUAUAUGUUAUUCCGAAAUGCUGAUGUUGACUCAGAUGAUGAUCUAGCCUUUAAUCUUUAAAUUUGCAUACUUGAAAAUAUGGAAAUACAUUUUAUUAAUAUUUAAUUAAAAUAAUGAUAUAAUUAUAUAUGAUUAUAUUGCUAACAUAUGAGAUAAACAUAUAUAUUUAUACAUAAAUACAAAAAAUAAACGUUUUAUGUAAAAACUAAAAGCCAUUUUAAAUGUAUUAUACAAAAUAACGUGCAAUAUAAAUAAACAAAAUUAAAUUUUACAGAAA